AAUGUAUUCUUUGCUUGUAUACCCACUUGAAACCUCACCACCUUAAGGUUCUCGACAGUUAUUUUACCUGCAGGUUGACACCUAACUGCCAAAUAAAGUGUCUCUACACAUAUACAUACACUCCCUUUUUGGUUAACCAACUUACAAUUUUUGUGAACAAAAAAAAAGAUUGAAUUUUGAAAGGAUAAAGAAAGAUUUAUAAGAAGGAAAUUCAAGUCGGUUCCUUUCUUAUGAAGUGGGAUUGAGGGCAUUAAAAAGUUUUGAUUUUGAGCAAAAGUUUUGAGAUGGGGUUUUGAAGAAUUUGUGUUAAAGAUCUGUAUUAGCAAGGAAGAAUUGAUUUCUUGAAGAUGGAGCCUCCGAGAGGGAUUGGGGCUUCUUUAUGGAACUUCAUUUGUUUCUUGCCUUACUUUAUUGGGCUUCUUCUUCUUGGCUUAAUUAAAGGUAUCAUUUUAUGCCCGUUAAUAUGUCUUAUUAUGACCACUGGGAACUCUGCAAUAAUACUGGGACUCUGGCCAGUACACUGUCUGUGGACGUAUUACUGCAUUCUGAGCACAAAACAAUUUGGGAUAGUUUUGAAGCUUGUCCUCUGCAUCUGUAUUAUUGUGCCUUUGCUUUUGUGGCCACUGAUUAGCAUUGUUGGAAGUAUUAUCGGUGGUGCAGCAUUUGGGCUUCUUUCACCUAUAUUUGCCACUUUUGACGCAGUGGGCGAGGGGAAAGAUGAUGUCUUUUUCCAUUGUAUUUAUGAUGGAACUUGGGAAACAGUCACUGGGUGUUUCACUAUAGUUAGAGAUUUUGGGGAUGUAUGCUAUCAUUCCUAUUUCUCUAUUAUGGAUGACCUAAGGGGUCAAGGGAAUUAUUACGAGAUAAGGUUGAUGUAUAUUCCAGGCGCUAUUCUAAUUGGAGCACUAGGUAUCUUGGUUGACUAUGUAGUGAUCUCACUUGUUGCUAUUUGUAAAUUUCCCUACACGCUCUUCAAAGGGUGGCACCGUUUAUUUCAAGACUGCAUAGGACGGGAAGGUCCUUUCUUGGAAACAAUAUGUGUCCCGAUUGCAGGUCUUGCUAUAUUACUCUGGCCAUUGGCUGUUGUUGGGGCUUUAUUAGCCUCCGUUUUGUCAAGUAUCAUUUUGGGGGCUUAUGCUGCAGUUAUUGUAUAUCAGGAAUCUUCUUUAUGGUUGGGGCUUUGCUAUAUUGUUGCUUCAUUAUCCAUAUACGAUGAAUACAGUAAUGAUGUUCUUGACAUGCCCGAGGGCUCCUGCUUUCCGAGGCCCCAAUAUCGGAAGAAGACUUCAAACUCAGGCGGCAGCUCUCGUGAAGGUUCUUUACGUAAACCUGACUCCUUCAGGAAGGUUCCCUCCCGUUCAGUCUCUAUAAAGACCCCUCUAGUUGAGGUGAAGCCCCUAGAGCUCAUUGAUAACUUGUUCAAGGAGUGUAAGCGCUAUGGAGAAGUAAUGGUUUCUGAAGGCCUUAUAACAAUGCAAGACAUUGAAGAUGCCAAGUCAAAUAAAGGUAAUGGAAAGGCUAUAUGUACUGGCUUGGCCGCUUAUGGCAUCCUGCAGUCGCUUUUACGAUCUGCAAAAUAUAACUCCCCUGGUAUUUUGCUAGCUGAUAAUGCUACUGAGAUAACACCAACAAACAGACCGAGGGAUGCUUUCUUUGAUUGGUUUCUAAACCCACUCCUUAUCAUUAAAGAGCAGAUCAAAGCUGAACAUCUCUCCCCGAGUGAAGAGGCGUACCUGGGGAAAUUAGUUCUACUGAGUGGUAAUCCUGACAGAUUAAAGAAUUCAGACCUUGGCACACCUCCUGAGUCGGAGCGUAAACGAGCUGAGCUUGAUGGAUUAGCUCGAAGACUUCACGGGAUCACUAAGUCUAUAUCAAGGUAUCCAACAUAUAGACGUCGCUUUGACAGCGCUAUCAAGAUAAUAUCUGAGGAACUUGCUAAGAAAGGUGAAAACAGCAACAAAGAAAGCAGUCGAUCUCGAACAACUGGCAGGUCAAAAAGCGCUCUUGCUAAAAUAUUUAGCCAAAAAUCUUUUAAAGGCAAGCCAACGGAGGCUGAUAUAGAGGCUCAACCAGUUGGUGAAAGAGAGAUCCUAGUUCAGUGAAAAUUCACAUUUAACUUUGAACCAGUGUCUGGUGUUCAACCCAUUCAAGAUUGAAAGCUCACAUGUGUCGUAAACUAUAAAGAAUGUACCAAGUAUUGUUCGGGGGAGAGUCAAAUACUUUACUCACUUGCCCAAUUGACCACAGGUCCUAUAGAAGUGCUGAUCUUUUCUGAAAUUGUGUAAAUGUAAUUUAGAUUUUUUUCAAAACAUCUUUACUGUAAUGAUCUUCUGCGAUUUAACGAAAGAUCUAACUUGGUUUUGGUAAUAGUCGAGUUUCUUCUACAA